AUGACCAAAGUACAAACUCUACACACUCUCUCGCCCCGCUACCAAAUCCGCAAACUCACGCUCGCCGAUCUAUCUUCGGCAAAAGCUCUCCUUGUGCAAAGCAAGACAUCUCCAUCCUCAAUAUGCCCAGCCGUGGAGUCUGGAAACCAAACAAUCCUCGCAUACCAACAAUACCAUGCAGUCGAAGAUCUAGUCCGUCACACAAUAAACUCAAAUAUGUCCUUCGGUGUCUUCGACACUGAAUACACAUAUCGCUAUCCCUCGUCAAUCAAAACAGGUGGAAAACUACACUGGGACGUGAACGAUAUCAGAGCAUCGUCGAAACAGCUUCUCCACCAAAUCGACUUUCCUCUUGUCUCUAUCGCAUUAAGUCAUGAUGCAGCAGAUCCACCCGAUGAGCAUGUAAUGCGGCGGCAUCUUGAUAUCCGACCUGGUUAUGCGCAAUUAUGUGCACACCUCGAAUCACUCAUUCCAGCCUCGGCUAGGGAUGGGUAUAGAGAUGCACCAUUGGGAAAGGUGCUGAUGAGGAAGGGGUCGGUGACGAGGGGUGAUUAUGAAGGAAGAGGCAUUAUGAAAGGUCUAGCCCUUUGGCUGGUCGUGGAGGCGAAACGACGUGGAUUUGAGAUUAUUGAGAUUCCGGUUUCGAAUGCGAUCGUGCGUAGGGUCUGGGAGAAUCUGCCGCCACCGUGUAGAGUGGUUGUUAUGGCGGAGUAUGUGAUUGAAGAUUUAGAAGUUUGCGACGAGAAUGGGAGGAAAAAGAGACCCUUCGAGGGAAUUAAAACGGAGAUAUGUCAGCUCAGAAUCAAGCUAUGA